CUGCGGAGCUGAGAGCACGCAAGCAGCAAGCGCAGCGAGCACACACACACCAGCAUCCCUCUCGCAGUGACCCUGCUAGCUGCCUGCUUCUCCCAGAGCUGAGCCGCCGAUCCAGCUGAUCGAUCAAGCUAAGUCAGCUUAGAUCCACCAUGGCUGCCUCCACCGCGUCCAGGACCAACUCCCGGGUGAACUACUCGAACGAGAUCCACGACCUGUCCACCGUGCAGAGCGGCUCCGCUGUCCCUACCUUGUUCUACCCUGACAAAUCCAUCGCCGACAUCUUCCCGCCGCACCUCGGGAAGAAGGUGAUCUCGGAGGUGGUGGCGACGUUCCUGCUGGUGUUCGUGACCUGCGGGGCGGCGUCCAUCUACGGCGAGGACAACAAGCGCAUCUCGCAGCUGGGGCAGUCGGUGGCCGGAGGGCUCAUCGUCACCGUCAUGAUCUACGCCACCGGACACAUCUCCGGCGCGCACAUGAACCCAGCCGUCACGCUCUCCUUCGCAUGCUUCCGGCAUUUCCCCUGGAUUCAGGUGCCGUUCUACUGGGCGGCGCAGUUCACGGGGGCGAUGUGCGCGGCGUUCGUGCUCAAGGCGGUGCUCCACCCCAUCGCCGUCAUCGGCACCACCACGCCGUCGGGACCGCACUGGCACGCCCUCGUCAUCGAGAUCGUCGUCACCUUCAACAUGAUGUUCGUCACCUGCGCCGUCGCCACGGACUCCAGGGCGGUGGGUGAGUUGGCCGGGUUAGCAGUCGGUUCCGCGGUUUGCAUUACGUCCAUCUUCGCAGGGCCUGUGUCCGGCGGAUCGAUGAACCCGGCGAGGACGCUCGCGCCGGCGGUGGCCAGCAACGUCUUCACGGGACUCUGGAUCUACUUUCUCGGCCCCGUCAUCGGCACUCUCUCUGGAGCCUGGGUCUACACCUACAUCCGCUUCGAGGAGGCACCCGCUGCCAAGGACACACAGCGGCUCUCCUCCUUCAAGCUCCGCCGCUUGCAGAGCCAGUCCGCGCUCGCCGCCGACGAGUUCGACACCGUCUAACGGCCGGGACCGGCAGGUGCAUCCACACCUCACCAUGCGUCCAUGCAACUACUGUUCGUGCGUGGGCACGCUGUGUGAGAGUACUGUGUGCUCGCUCGCGCUCUGUUCAGGACCUCAUCAGGUGGUGGGAGAGAGCUAGUUAGAGCUGCGUGUGUCAUGCUUGGUGUACCUAGCUAAACCUACGUGUUUGUAUUCUUCUCCCGUACUACGUCGCCUACCACGUAGCAGCGGAUCGGAGCAAGUGUGAUGUGUACUAUGUAUCUUCGGCUUUGUACUGCGUCAGAGUUUGCAAAAGUUAAUUGAUGCAGAUGAUGCCUGAUUAUAUCGUGGCUUUGCUGGUUUGCAGAAGAUGCAUGCAUGUGUUGGAACAAAUAUAUGGAUU